GCCAGGGCGGUACUUUUGAACCGUUCGCGGCCUUCGGCGGUGCUGAGCUCAGGCAGUGAGCAGCCGGCGCCAUGGAUCCUGACGUUUCGUCGCUUAGCCUGCUGGUGCGGCUUCUCAAGGAAAGACAUAGGAGUUUCCAGAAGUACAUGCAGCGGCUGAUAGAGAAGUAUAACCAGCCCUUUGAGGACGACCCGCUGGUGCAGAUGGCCACGCUGACCUACGAGACACCCCAGGGAUUGAGAGUUUGGGGAGGAAAGCUGAUAAAGGAACGAAACAAGGGACAGACUCAGGACCCUUCUGUGAAGAUGAUUACCAGACUAAAUAGGCAAGCUCUGGAGGACAGUGAGCGUUUUCAGCUCUGGACAGAAGUCCUGGAAGCUGAAAGCAGCAGUGCAGAUACAAGGUCAGACCAAGAGGAACAGCUAUCUUGCACCUCCAUGCUUUCAGUGCCUGGAAGCCCUCUGAAAAAUGACUUAAGAAGAAAGUACUUGGCCAAGAUGCAUAUCCUGCUUCAAGAUGAGGAGUAUUUUAAGAACGGCGAGAAGAGAGACGGAAAAGACACACUCAUGACUUGGGUUCCUUCCUCACCUGUCACACCAGAACCUGGAUGCCAGGAUAGUAUCUCUACAGACAGCUUUAGUAGCCCAAAAGAGUCAACUUCAGCUGAUGUGACCAUUAUACCUAGAAAUGACAGCUUCUCCUUACUAGAGACCAGCAGCAACAAUUUAAGCAACCAGUCCCUUGAGGCUGAUGACAUUUGCAAUGUGACAGUCAGUGAUAUGUAUGAAGGCAUGAUCCAUUCGAUGAGUAGGCUGCUGAGCCUAAAGCCAUCGUGCAUCAUCUCCACCAAGACCUACAUCAACCAGAACUGGAACCUCAGGAGGAGGCUCUCACGAAAGAGUGGGGUACACUUGAAUAGGACAUACUGCUACGGGAGCAAGCCCUCCCGAAGGAGCUCCAAGAAGGGGUCCUGCUCAGAGCCAGGGAAAGAGGCCACUAUACUGAGAAACUGCACCAACUUACCGUACAUUGUGCCCCCCAAGACAGACUUAAAACUGGAAAGGGGAGCUCUCGAAGGAAGCAAACUCCAAGUCCAUAAAUGCAGUCCAUCUUGGAAGGCGCUUCACGGGACUCCUCAGAAGUGUUUGGACUUAAACACACUGAACUGUCUCGAGCAAGAAAAUGGAGCGAAGGCAUUCCCGUUGCUAAUUUCACCUGGUAAAAUAGUUCCCAGACCAAGGAUGCUCCCUGGGGAAAUUGAAAUGAAAUUUGACAAACUUGCUCAGGAAUGUAGCCUGUCUUCUGGGAAACAGCUUUGCCAGACUGGCCCCACUGAGUCCUGGGCUGUAGAUGUGUACAGAGGUAGUUCUAGAAGCCCGGGCAGCCCCCAGGGCGUAAGAACCCACAGGUUGAGUUCACUUUUCAACAGAGAAAAGGCAAAGAGGUCAAGUGAGGCUUUUGAAGACCUGAGCGAAAUAUCUGUCAGAGCCAAUAGAAGCCUCCCGAGGCGCCAUCUGGCUCUGUUAGCAUCAGAGGACAGUACCUCACAAAACCCAGGCCUUUCUCAGCAGAGGGCUGGCCUUUUUCUUCAAGGACCUGAUUCUGGGCCAAUCAGAAGAAAGACAGUAUCACCCAGGACGGCUAUUUCAGCACCACGGAGAGGGUCUUGUCCCAGUGGGGUGGAACGCUAUGAGGGGAUUAAAAAAGAAUUUGAUAAGCUUUAUCAGAAGUAUUGCCUGAUGUCACCUCAGCGGGUGAAGGCGACCUCAUAUGUUAGAGUAUCUCCACAAAAAGCUGGUGCAGCUGUUCCUUGUCAGACAGCCAACUUAAGAAAAUUAAAUCCAGACUCUGGAUUCCAGCGUUCCCCAAAAUUGUCAACAUCUGACGGGAACAGAAGCCUGCAGGGCUCAGUUCCAGCUGAGGAACACACAUCUGUGCGGACUGCUCGUACCUCUGAGAGAGACUCUCCGAUCCCAGCAAAGAGGUGCAAGUUGUCACACUCCCCUCAGGAUUCUUCAGGAGCAGUGGACCAAACAAUGCCCUGGCCAUAGAAGCAGACUAGCCCCGUGUGGCCGGGCUGCUGAGGAGGUGUUUCUGUCUGUUGAGCAUGAUGGCUGUGGGGAGACAAGGCAACUAUGGCAAACACUUGUGUUUCUCUUGCUGGAGAUGGUACCGUCAACCACUGCAGCUCCCUCCCCAUAGCCGUCAGCCCCUGCCCAGCCACCUCCCCUGCUCCACACCACCAACAUCUUUGUCUUUUCAUGUGGAGUGUUAGUUGGUGCCUUGGGCUUCCCCAGCCACUCAGCCAAACUUACCCAUUAUUGGGUCUCCUAAUUAUAUUCAGGGGGAUUCUCAAUGGCAUUCUUUCUCUUAAUUUUAAUUUGCCUUGUCUCUACUCCCCUCUCCCCCACAUCUCAUCCAUCCUCACUUCUGCCUCUGUGUAGCCGAAUGUCUCUGGGUACCCACGGGUGCUUCUACGGGACAUGGUGUAGACAUGGGUAAGUCCGUGAAUUUGGGACAUAACACAACCAUUGGCUUGAUCUUUGGAGCUCUGGAUUUUGUUUUUUUUUCUUUUUGGAGGUUUUCGUUUCAUUUGGUGUGAGCUGACCUCAGCCUCACUGUAUAGUCCGGGUGCCCUUGAGUUCCUGAUCCUCCUACCUCCGUUUCCCAUAUCCUGAGACUAUUUUUGUUUUCUAAUUUAUUUCCAUGGGUAAAAUACUUUGCAAACUAUAUAUUCCUGGUUGAACUUCCAGAAAGGGACCCACCUAGAAUCAGGCCAGACGACACCAGAAGCAACCCCAGUCCUAUGUGUCACGCCAACUGGGUCUCUGGCUGCCUGGUGUGGCAGGUGCCCCUGGUAGGGGGUGCCCGCCAACAAUCCCCUUUGCUGUUGGCCUUAAGGUGUUUGCCUAGUUGCCUCAACCCCCAAGGCCCCCUUUGGCUUUCCUCGGCGAAACAGCCACCGUCGUGUGUCUCAGUGGCCUGCUCCAGACACUGGAAGUCAUUGUGAGACUGUGCUCAUGUUUGGGUCCUAAGAUCCUGAGGGGAAGGAAGGGUCUCUAGAGACCUUAGCCACUUAAAGAUAGUCUGCCUUCCACUUGUCCAGUAGCCUUUGUAAAUGACUCCCAGCCCAGCAAUGUAAACAGCUACGACUUGGUGCCCAUUGGUGCGCUCUGCUGAUGGCGACAAACAUUGUGCUUGGCCUUCACCUUGGGUUUUUGUUGUUGUUUGGGGGGGGGGGGUUGUUCUGUUUUGAGGUGCUAAGGAUGGAACCCAAGCCUCGUGCUCACUUCAUGAGUCCUGACACAACUCACACUGCGGUCUGCUGGCUUGAGUCUGACAGAUUCCCAAGGUACUUGCUGUUCUGUUCACCUCUGCUGGAGCUGGGCUUACUCUGGGUUCACAUGAACCCAUCUAGUGCCAAACAUCACAAAUAACUUCUCUGAUUUGUUAGUUUUUUGAUACUAUGUGUAAUUACAAUAGCUAAAGAGCUUAAACCUUUUGUUGUUGUUGUUUUGUGGGGUUUUUUGUUUUGUUUUUUUCGAGACAGGGUUUCUCUGUAGCUUUGGAGCCUGUCCUAGAACUAGCUCUUGUAGACUAGGCUGACC